AUCAUAUAAAAAUCAUCGUAAUCGUAAUAAUAAUUCAGAAUAUUAUCGGAAUCAUCGUUACAAUAAUUCUAGCCGCUAUGAUGAUGAUGUAGUCAAUAAAUAUCGAAUUAGCGAAAACUACAGAAAACGUCAACAACAAUCACCGUCAUAUAGUCGACGACGGGAUCGAAGAUAUAAUCACAGUGAUUCAUUCGAAUCAUCGCAAGAUUUUGAUGCUGGCUCACAGCAAUCAUCAUCAAUUUCCGAUUAUCACAAUCAUAAUAAACAUCGGUCCGAUUAUCGAUACCGAAACCGAUCAUCGUCACGGUCGCGACAACGUUAUGCCAAUCCAACAAUGUACACAUCAAUGAAAAUGAAUUAUCGUAGAAAACGUGAUGAUCACAAUGGUAACGAUGGUUACAAAUCUAAACGACGUAGAAUUUCCAAUGAUGAUUAUGAUAAUGGCGAUGAAUAUCGUGGACACUAUCCACAUUGUCGUAGUCGAUCUGAUCACCGUCAACAUAAUCAUCGCCGUCGUCAUUCGAACAGUGAUAAUCAUUGUAGAAGAAGAUAUCGACAACAAUCUUGUUCAUUAUCAUCGGCCGAAGAUGGUCGUUCCCGACGAAAACGACAAGAUUAUAAUCGUCGAUCAUCGUCAUCAACACGUAGUACAUCAUCAUCAUCAUCGAUAUAUACACAUUCUUCAUAUUCAUCAACUUCGGAACGAUCUCAUGAAAGGAGAAAACAUUCUGAAUCCGUUUCCGUUUGGAUGGAUGAAAUAUGAACAGAAACAAUAUCAAUUUCCAAUCAUAGUGAACUGGCAUUACCUAUUUGUAUUCAUCUAUCAUCAAUAAAAUAAUGUCUUCAUCCGGUGCUUCUGGUGAUGCGGACUAUCCGCUUAUUAGUGAUAAAGAAUUGAUCUCACAAAAUUCUAUCAACAAUGAUCAUCAUCAUCAUCAUCAACCACCACCACUACGUCGUGGUUCAUGGAAAAGUGUGGGUCAACAACGACGACGAUCAUCAUAUCGUAUAAUUGAUGAUGAUAGCCAUUCGGAUGAUUGUCUUAUACGUUUGAUCAAAGAUGCCUGCCUUGCUCAUUGUCGAAAGAAUAAUGUUAAAAUUAACGAUAGUAAUGUAUUGAAUAUAUUGAAUGAAGUUAUAGGCGACAUCAAAAUGAUCAUCAUGAUUGAUGAACGUAAUACUGAUAAUGAUCAACAUGUACCUAAUAAAUCGUCAACAAUCCAUAUGGAACAAAUGUUUAGUGAAAGAAAUUCGGCCAUGAUGAAAUUUAUCGAUUCAUUGACUAAUCAUAUCCUCAAUGAUUGUCUUGAACGAUUGAAAAAUACACCGCCCUCACUGGCCGUGGUUGAUGAAGAUUCAUUUGAAUCGAAAAAAGUAGAAAUUUUUACCGAAAUAAUUCCACCCAAACGACGACAAUCAGUGAUUAAUAAUCAUGUUGAUAAUGUUGAUGAUGAUGAUGAUGACAAAUGGUGGAAAUGUCAAGUUCCCAGACGUAAACGUGUAACAGAAAUCUAUAUCGAUGCUCCAGAUCUAAGUCAUUGUAUCCAUUUCUAUCAUGAUUUAUUUGAUUCAUUUUCAUUGCCAUUGCAAUGGAUUCAACCGGAAUCAAUGAAAAUGAAUGAUCCACGACAGCAACAACAACAACAAUCGUUUACACCACCAACACCAGUUGAUCUUGAUCUAAGUGAAUUUAUUCAAUGCCAAGUUGAAGUACGACAGAUCGGUACAUCGAUCAAAUCUACUCGACAAUCUCGUUUUCUUCAACGUCGUCGUCUAAUUUCCUAUGCUGAAAUAUGUGAAUAUCCAUUAGUGUUAUGUAUUGAUUUCUAUUAUAUUUCGGGUUUUGUUCCACGUUGCGAAAUCCGUUGUCCAACAAUGGAACGUACACCUGAACCUCCUGAACAACAAUCACCAAUAGAAGAUGAUUUAUAUUUUGAUGAAUAUGCUCCACGUUAUUAUAAUGAUCAAGAAGCGGAAGAUCCUGAAGUAUUAUUGCAAAAAUUACAAGAACAACAAGAUUAUCUUGAAAGACGACGACGUUCGAAACAUUUCUGGUGGGAACAAUCACAUGAUGAUCAUAUUCAAACAAAUUUCAAUGAUGUCUAUGUGGAUGAUGUUAAUAACAACAAUAACCAGAGUACAAGUGAUUAUCAUGAAGAAGAUGAAGGACAAUUUGAUGAAGAAUAUCGUGAAAAUUCCUAUGAUCAUUACAUACUCGAUGACAAUGAUGCGAUUCAGUCUGGUCAAAAAGUCCGUUUUGCCGAUCAAAUUGAUCAUAAAAGUUCAACAUACAUACAUAUUUUUUUGGUUGCCAAUCACAAGAAUGAUCAUAUUACGUCGUUGAUAGCAAUAACUUUAUAUAUUGGCAUUCUGUUCAUUGGAUUGCUUUUCCUUAUUGAUAUCUAUUCUAUUUUCGAUUGGUUGGCUGAUUGGUUGAUGGCAACCCAAUCAUCAUCAUAUCAUCAUAUAAACACGCACCCGAAACAAACAUUUAAUGAGCAUCUUUUUUGUUGGAUUGCAACAUUUAAACAACAGAAACAAACUGUUGAAUUUUUUAUUACCCUGGAAUCGAUUCUCAAGUUUGAUCGAUUGAUUGAUGGCUGUUUGUUGUUUGCAAGCGAAAAAUUCCUGAACAAAUUAUUGUAGACUAGAAUUUUUAAAGAAAAUCAAAUUUAAAUAGGUCUUUAAUGGACAUUUGAUUCAAUGCAAAACGAAUAAGCUACUGCAGCAAAAAAAAGUAGAAAAUUGCAAU